CAUCGAUAGCAUCCCAAGAAAUCAACCCAGCUGCAACAAUGAAAAUGACUCAGCAGUUUCUUCCCAGCUGCGCAUAAAAGAUACGUAUUUAUCUCCCCAUCGUUACUGCUUGGUGACAACCUCAAACGAAUUGAUCUGAGUUGGGAUACUUUGAAAGGAAUAGAACCAGUUUGAGCUGAACCUACGAAGGGCAUAUAAAAGAGUCUGAUUUAAGGAAUUUCAAAUCAGUUUCUAACCAGAACUUGCAGAGGCCCCAUUGAGUACCAUACAAAAAUCAUGAAGAUACUAGAAGUGGUUGUUUUUCUUACCGUGGUUGCACUUUGCAAGGCUGACUACAGUGAUAAGCAGAAACAAAAAUUGGAUGAAUUUACCAGCAAAUGUAUUGAAGAUUUGGAUUUACCAAAGGAUUCUGACCUUGGGAAGAAGUUCAAAUAUGGACAGUUGAAGGAAAAGGAUGAUGCAACUAAGAAAUUCAUCUCUUGUUCAAUGCAGAAGCUCAGUUUCAUGAACGAGACGGGGUCAAUUUUGGAGGAAAGCAUCAUCGAAUUCCUUGCCGAUAAGUACGACCGGACAAUGGCCAUGAACGUGAUUACAAAGUGUUCCAAAUUGAAGAAUGAAUCCAUGGAAGAUAAGGCAGCUGAAUUUUACGACUGUUUCUUUAUGCAAAAGUCAUUUGAUAUUUGAAGUAAGGAAAUAAUUGGUUAAUAAAUUGUAUUUUGAAGAUCUGAGGCAAUGCAAAUCAAUGACAAUGACAUUUACUUUAGCAUGUAUCACAAAUCUCAUUCCAUUGCAGGGUUAAUACGUAAAGUUAUUA